AUGCCGCCGCCUCGGGAUGACGACCGGCCAGCUGCUGCGGCCGGCGCCGGCGAGGCGAAGCCGGCGGCGGAGGAGCACCCGCGGCGGCCCGGGCAGCACGACUGCAGCUACUACGUCAAGUUCGGGAGCUGCAAGUUCGGGAUGAGGUGCGUGUACAACCACCCCGGGGGGCAGCAGAGCUCCGAAGCAGGCGCCGGCGAGAAGGUGGAGAUGAAGCACCCGCGGCGGCCCGGGCAGCCGGACUGCCUCCACUACCUGCGGUUCGUGACAUGCAAGUACGGGAUGGACUGCAAGCUCAACCAUCCGCCUGGACGCAUCACGCAGCAGAUGCCAAUGUACUUUCUUGCGAAAGCAUGCAACUACCAACAUAAUGGAGGCAAAACAGAAGUUGAGCAAGUAAACCUAAACCUUGUUGGGCUUCCACUUCGUCCAGGGGCAGGAUUGUGUUCAUACUAUAUGAAUAGGGGAACCUGCAAAUUUGGGACAACCUGCAGGUUUCACCACCCAGAUCGAGGCUCAGACCAGGAGAAGUGGGUUGCUUCAGGCCAUGCCAAUCAAGCAUCCUCUCAAAAGAACAUUUACUCGGUGCUUGAUCACGGAGAAUCGAAUGAGCAGGCUAAUCCAUCUCAAGAUGUCGAUCAACCUGGGAAUUCACUCUUUCAACCUUCUAAAGGAAUCUGUUACACAAGGGAUCAACUUCUUCAACUGCAUCAGAUUAUCGAUCCACCUAAGGACAUCUUCGACCUUAUGGAAGAUAUGAAGGAACUCCUUGUUGGUGAUCAAAUGUCGGUUCGCAAUGAACCAAAUUAUGUACAAAUUCCAUGGUACAAACGCUUUGAUAAGGACAGCCGUGACUGGCAUUCAAGGUCUGCAGAAACUCAGGUGGUUGCUGGGGAAGGGAAAUCUUGGGACAACAUCCAUGAAACAAAAGAAUCCUAUGAGUUAGGGUGGAAAAAAAAAGAGCAAAACAAGUAUCACCAAUCAAGCUUCCAGUAUGUUCCUAAAGUUCAGGUUGCUACCACCUCAGCACGUCCUACGACUGAAGUCCGUUGGUCAAUCAGGAGAAGCAAUCUCUCUGACAAAGAUGGUGUCCUGAAAGCAGUGAAAGGUAUACUGAACACAUUGACACCCGAGAAGUUUGAUCUACUGAAGGGACAGUUACUAGCAGCUGGAAUCACUGGACCAGAUGUUUUAAAGGAUGUGGUAAAUCUUAUGUUAGAAAAGGCUGUUGCUGAGCCAACCUUCUGUCCAAUGUUUGCGCAACUUUGCUCUUUUCUGAAUGAACACCUCACAGCUGAUGCUGAUGGUGAGCAAAUUACGUUCAAACAAGAACUGUCUAAUAUAUGUGAAGAAGCAUUUGGAAUUUCUUGCAAUAUACGGAAUGAGAUCUUCAAAUUGACAAGACCAGACCAAGAGAUGGAGAGACGGAAUAAAGAAAGGCUAGUGAAACUUCAAACACUAGGGAGCAUUUGUGUUUUGCGUGAUCUGCUCAAGCAAAAUAUGGUCGCAGAUAAGAUAGUACAUCACAUUGUUCAGGCCGUAAUGGAUUGUGAAAAAUUUCAGUUUGACCCUCUCCAAAGUGUUGAUUUGUUAAAUGUAAUUUUCGAGGGUAGGAUGGGUUCAGUUCCUGCAGUAAAUCAAGCUAAUACGGGUGUCAAUGCUAUCAUUGGCACCAAGAAGUGUUCCCUUGCAGCAAAUGAUCUCACGAUCAUCGACAAGGAUGUCGACAUGCGAAAUGAAGAAGCUACUACAUUAGGGAGACAAUCUAGUGAAGUCCCAGAUAAUUCGAUGGAUCGUCAGAAAUGUUUUGCCGAUGCAGAGUACAGUCAUCUCGUUCAGAAUGAGAACGGCAAAUUGACCAAUUCAGAAGCUUCAGUGAGGAUGGGUUCAGUAGGAUUUGGCAUUUCUGAGAUCAUGGAGAUGGUUGUUGAUGCUGGAGCUAAUGAAGGCAGCGACGAGCAUUUCAUUGCUACAAUGUUAUUUGUUAAACCUGAAUAUAGGGAAAUAUUUCUUACCCUCACUACUCCUCGGGUAAGGCUUGGGUGGCUGAAAAGGAUGUGCAAAGUGAAGCAGGAAUAAGGGCCAAGUCUAGUUUGGGUGUUCCUGCUGAUCAGGAGAUUAUUAUUUAAACGUGAUGUACGGUCUUAUGCUACUUAAUUUUGCUGUUAUGUGUCUAAAUGAGUUGUGGCGAUUGGUUGUACGAACUGUGGACUUUUCAUUUGUGUUGCAACAGUGCAUCGAUCACAUAAUGAUCUGCAUUGAAAGCUAAGGGGUUACAAAGACUUCUUGUGAAGUAGGUGAUAGGAGGGUACCAACGCGAACCCUAAAAAAAAAGCAAGUUUGCAUCAAAUACCAAGUCGAACAUAUGAAUCUUGAAUUGCACUGUUCAUGACAGUCUAUUAAGCCAGU